GCCUGGGGCGCCGGCUGUGCUCCCGGGAGAGCCGCCAGGCCCUGCUCACCUGCCUGCUCUGCCUCCUCAACCUGCGCAAGAAGGCGGACGACUGAAGUCGGCCGGCCACGGGCAGGGACGGGACGGGACGGACCCGGCAGGGCGCGGCGGCUCCCCCCGCCUGUCCGGCCCGCUGAGGGAGGAGGGACCGGGCAGGGGAGGGGACGCGCCCCGGACGGGGCGGAGUGCCCGCCCAGGCAGCCGAGGACGGAGGGCUGCCCGCGUCUCGCCGCUCCGGCCAUGGUUGCUGGGCCGCCCCCCGCCCCGCUUCCCCCCGCCGCGGGGCCGCCCCGCCGCUGAGCGCCCCUGCCCGCCCCGGGGAAGGAGCCGGCGCUGCCCCGGCGAUCUCCAUCGCCCGCUCUCCCGGGCGGUGGGGGCCCCACGCUGCCUCUUCACCCCACGGUGCCCGGGCCGGGACUCCCACUGCCCGCGGCGGGCAGCGGGGAGGGCGAGAAUGUCGGGCAGCACGGCGAGGAAGGUGCAGCCCUUCACCAUCAGCACCAGGCUCUCGGUGCCCAAGUGUGCCGCCGACUUCCCCAGAGACGCCUGCCCCGGCAUCGCCCUCGCCUCCGCGCUGGACAGCCACCGCGGCCUCCGUCGCAGCAUCAACGAGCGCAUCUCCCUUUACCUGGCCCACGCCCGGGCCGGUCCCGCCGCCCAAGCGGGGCAGCCCCGCAGCCCCGGCUCCGGUGAGGACGGGGGCCCCGAGGAGGACCGGCUGAACCGCAGCUCCCUAGCCCGCUCCAUUAAGAAGAUCACGCUGUCCAACUGGUACGGGGACGCUGGGACGGGAGAGGCAGAGGGACCCGGGGACCCUGCCCGCGCCAGCGGCGAAAGGAACCACAACAAUAACAACAGCAGGACAGGGAAAGCUCAAUUCAAGGUCUUCCUCAGGAAGGACGUGGAUGCAGACGACAAGCAGCAGGAGCCUGGGAGUGUUCAGGCCAGUGUUUUCUGCUCUCCAGUGGGCAGAUGCUCUCCCUUCUAUGCGCUGGCAGGAUCCCCGGUGUCUUCACCCCAGAAAGAGAGCCCUAAGGGCAAGGAGUCUGCUGCAGCACCAAGAUGUAGUGGGCGAAGUGGUGUGGGAGCAACCCCUCUCCUGGACCUGAGUCCUCUGAUAGCCAAGUUCAACCGGGAGAUGCUGCAGGCAGAGACCUGGGUGCGAGGCAAGCUGCGGGACCUGAAGGACGGCUGUGACCUCCAGGAUUGUGAGGAGGUGGCUCAGACCUUGCAGCGGGACAUGAAGGAUUUUGAGAACACACUGAUAAAGCUCAAUCAGAUGGGUGAGCAGCUGAUGUGGAGGGCAAGCCCCAGUGCUGAGGCCAUGCAGAGGCAGCUGCAGGCCCUGCAGGACCUGUGGCAGCUCCUGAAGCAGACGGCUGCCAGCCAGAGCAAAGCCCUCCGGGGGCUGUGGGGUCUGCAGGACUUUAACAGGAAAGCUGAGCGGCUGGAGGCGUGGAUCAAGGACAAGGAGGAGAAGCCGUCUCUGGCAGCCCUCCUGCAGGAAAGCCCGGAUAAGAUCCAGCUCACUCGCCGCAUCCUUGACUUGAAGCAGGAGGAGCAGCAGUUCCAGAGUCUGCACAAGGAGCUGAACAGCCUGGCCCAGAAGCUGGAGAAAGAAGGCAAAAAUGAGAGCAGAAACAUCUCAGCCCGGCGCAAGCACCUCAACAGAGCGUGGCUUCGGCUGCAGGGGACCCUGAAGGAGCACCACGAGUCUCUGCAGCUGGCCCUGGAGGUGGCCUCCUUCCUCCAGCAAGCAGAUAUCCUGCUGGGGAUCAUCCAUGCAAAGCAGAGCAGCAUCUGCAGUACAGGGAAGCCAGGGGAGGGUGAGCCAUGCCAGGAUCGGGAUAUCAGGGACAUAGCCAGCCAGGUGAUGAUGCUGGAUGUGACAGUGUCCCAGCUCCUAAACUUACAGCCCAGCCUGGCAGCCCAAGUCACCUCAAAGCACCGAGACGUAAAGGAGAGCUGGGCACAGCUUCAACAGGCACUGAGAACAGGGAAGGCUCCAGCACGGGCAGGCAGUUCCCCAGGGAGCAAAGCUGCAGCUCCAAAUGUUGAGCCCCAAGGAGAUGAUAGCAGUCGUGGGGCUGUGGGUAAGGAAGCAGCAGCCAAGUGGACAAGAGGACUCGGCAGCAUGGUACCAAAAGAUGUGCUGGAGAAGAUGGCAGAGCACAAGAAAGGAGAGGAGAGCAACCCUGGCUCCCCAGCAGUGGGACAGGCCCCUCAUGGAGGGGACAACAAAAGGAGGAGGAGAGAGGCAGAGGCUGACUGGGGGCUGCAGCAGCUGGAUACCCAAGUGCAGGAUGUCUGCCAGACUCUGUCCCCAUACAAGGAGAGUAUGGGUAUUGGAGUCCCCUCAUGUCCAGUGGCAAGCCUGGAGGCAGCAAGGAUGCAGCAAGAGCCCCUGUCUCCCAGCUCCAGUACCAGGGCUGUGCUCCUGGAGGAACCAGCACGAGGAAGGCCUCCCAGGAGCCCUCGGGUGGAGGCCAUGCUGCGGGAACUGGGAGAGUUAUGGGAGGACCUGCAGAGGAGGCAUCAGGAGAAUGGCAUAGUGCUGCAAGAAAUCGAUAAGGCACUGAGGCUGGUGGGAGAGCUGGACCAAGCUGAGCGGUGGCUGCAAGACGUGGCUGGGUCACUCUUGGAACCAGCCGCCAUGAGAAGCCCGGCAGAGCUGCGCCGGGACCUGGAAGAACUGAGCCAGCUGGAGAAGCAGCUCCUGCUCUGUGGCCUCAAGCUGCAGGCACUGCGGGAAGAAGCAGCAGGCGAGUCGCCCACUGAGCACGAGGGGGCAAGGAAGAUGCAGAGGAAAGUGGAGAUGAUGGAGGAGAAGUUGGCACAUGUGCAGGCGACCCUACGGCACAGGGCAGCAGAUCUGUGUGACUCCCUGGUGCUGUCUGAGUUCCUGCAGGACCUGCAAGAGGAGGAGGCACGGAGCCAGCAGGGAUCUGCAGUGGCAGGCAGUGGGCGUUGUGGCUCGCAGGGGUGUUUUCCCCUGCUCUCAGCCCAGACUGAGAAGUCUCCAAGCAGUGAGGACAUGAGGCGCCCCUUGGGAGAGCUGCAGGAGGCCGUGGAGAUGCUGAAUGACGCAGCGAAGGAGCGGGAGAGGGUCAUGGAGGUGGCAGUGGAGACGGAGAGCCUGGAGCGUCUGGUGGCGAAGAUAUCCCCACAGCUGGAGGCCCUUCAGUGCAGAGCCAAGGCUCUGUCUCAGGACAUUGCCCUAGCAGAGAAGAGCUUCACCACGGUGAAGAGUGAGAAGGACCUGCAAGGGCUGCAGGACUUGCUAAGCUGCCAGCAGGAGAUGGAGCAAGCAGUGUCACAGACCCUGCAAGGGCAGCUGGAGGAGCUGGAGAGGGCAGCUGCCCGCGUGCAAGAGCUGUGCCCCGCUCGGCAGUGCCCCAUCAGCUGGGAGCUGCAGGAGACUCUGUGGGCCUGGGCAGGGCUGCGAGAGCUACUGCGGGAGACCCGGCUCCGCGUGCAGCAGGCCAGCCAGCUCCGGCACUUCUUCAAGGAUUAUUUAGCCAUGAUCUCCUGGACUGAGGACACACGGGCUCAGAUCUUCUCUGAAAGCCCAAGCAGCUCCAGUAUCCCGGAGACUCCAUGUGAGGAACUGGAGAGCAGAAUUGAAGAGAAACUCAAGGAGUUUGAGGCACUAGCAGCAGCAGGGCAGCAGCUGGUGUCUGAGGAGCACUACCUGAGUGCAACAAUAAAGGAGCGCUUGGAAGAGCUGCAGAGCAUGCUGGGCUGGGUGCUGGUGCGGUGGCGAGCACAGAGGCAUCAGCAGCAGGAUCUGGGGAGCAGACAGGACAAGAGGGAGCUGGAGAACCUCUCAAGCACAUCCCCCACUGGUCAAGAGCAGCAUGCCUCACAUGUUCCACCCCACCUGGAAAGCAUCCACAGCCCAGUGAAGUUCAUGCCCUCCUCCCUCCUCGAACCUGUGCAAAGAUUAGAGCCAAAGCUUCCAGAGAAAACAGCCAUCUCCCCACCCACGUCACCCCUCUCAGAUGCCCCAUCAGGAGUGGAGCAGAGCUGGGGGGAGCCCAGCAGCAAAACACCCCAUGAUGCGGAAUCCCAGCAGGCUGCCACCUGGGAUCCUGCUGAGACUUCCACGCUGCUGCUGCCACCACGGGGCCCCUGUGGUCUCAGGGGGACGGUCAGCCUCAUCCUCAGCAUUGGCAAGAAGGGCGAGAAGAAGAAGGCACAGCUGCUGGCCAGCAGCGAGCGGCCAGGGGAGGAGGCACUGCCAACGCUCCCCACCACUAUACACUCAGGCUGUAAAACCUUUUGGAAGCGUUGCCAGGGGCUUUUAGGAAACACUUGGGAUAGCUUAAAGCAAAAAAGAAAGCCACCCCAUCAGCCACCUCACCAGCUGGUGGAAGAGGUGCAGGUGGAGGCCAGGAAAACCUGCAGCGCAAAGCGGCUGCCCGCUGUUGUCCGCCGCCCUCCAGCAUCCAGCGGCGGGAUGCAGGCUGUGUCCCACACCCUGCCCAAGGCCGGGGCUGGCUGUCUCUUCAACAGCCUGCAGCGGCGGGAGCAGGCCAGGGCGGAGCAGGCCCAGCUGCUGACUCUCCGGGGCAUCAUGGGGGACAGCUCCCUGCGGCCCACGCCUGAGAAAUGCCGUGGCCCCAGCAACACCUGGCCCCACAAGUGUGGUUGGAGGAAGGGGGGGUCAGGGGCAGCUGCUGCUGGACCUCAGCUUGGGGAGCUGCUCCUCUACGUCAGGAACCCGCUGGUGCAGGACAUCGAUGCCGAGUGCGGGGCAGCCCCUCAGAAUCCCUGCCUCCCUAACCCAAAAAUCACAUGCCCCCGUGUUUCCCUGGGCUCUGUGCUCAGCCUGGAGCUGCCACGGGAUGCAGUGGUCCUGGGGUGCCACCGAGGGGCUGCGGCAGGCCAGCAGGAGGCAGAGGGGCAGGAGCAGAGGCAGGAUGAAGGGGUGAGGCCUUGGAGGCCCACAGGCACACAUGGAGUUGGAUGGCAGGAAGAUGGGCACGAUCCCCAGGGGCCCAGCAAGAGGCUGGGGAUGUCGCCCAAGAGCGAGCAAGAAACGUGGUUCAAGGAGGUGAGCUUCGACCCCAGCUACAGCCAACAAAGAGCACACUGUGCUGGGAAGGAGCACUGGAACCUGCAGCACCCCAGCAGCACCAGUAAAGACCUUCUGGACUUGAGGCCGAGCCAGCCAUCCCAUGUCGGUAUGGGGGAUGAGCUGGACACCCGCUUUGGCCAGGACGACAGCCCCACUGCCACUGGCAGGGCCAGGCAUCUCAGAGCCGCUUGGCUAGAGCUUGGAUCGUCCCCUGCCAGCACACCAGGCAGGGCUGGAGCCAUCCCCAGCCCUGCCUGUACACAGCAGCCGGCCAGCAGCAGCCAGCCCAGAGGGUCCCCAGCUUCCCCUGCCGCCCCCAGCCAGCUCUCUGUCUUUGAGUGGGCACUGGGGUCUCCACAUCCCCAGAGCCCUGCACAGGUAACUAAGGAAGUUUGCCACCCUGCCCACAGGCAGUUUGAGGAAGAGGAGGAGGAGCUGCAGGCCAUCUGGGAUGGAGCACACGAACAACAGGCACAGAGCUCACCAGGAGACAGCUGUGCCAGCCACCAGACGGGCAGCAGGGCAGGCAGCUUGCCCAGCCCCAGUGCCACUACUGGCGGGCCCCUCAUCCUGUCAUCAGCCAACAAUGUGCUAGUAGCCAAAUUCACCCUUCCCACCGCUGCCCAGCUGCUCCACAGCCCAUCAGGAGAGAAGAGCCCCGGGGUGGUGCGCAGUGGCAGUCCCAGUGGGCUCAGGAUUUCCCCCUACUCGGAGGAGCUGGUGUCUGCAGCCCCCUUGGAUGCCUCCAGCGCCUGGGAUCGGCAGAGGCAUCGGCAAGAGGAGAGAAAGAGCAGCAAGGUCCUGCCUGCUAAAAUGGAAUUUCAGAUGAUGGAGGGGACGCUGGAAAGGAAGCACGUAUUGCAGACAGGAGGGAGAAAGGCCAGCUGCCGGGCCUGGGGCCUCUUUCACGCUGUGCUGAUGAGGCAGACACUGUGCUUCUACCAGGACCGCAGGGACAGCCUCAAGAGCUCCGUGGUGGCCCUUCCCUUGAACCUCUCCGGGGCAGUCUGCACCCCAGAUGCUGAAUACACCAAGAAGACCAACUGCUUCAGGCUUCAGCUGCAGGAUGGCUCUGAAUACCUCCUGAGGGCCCCCACCCAGGCCCUCAUGAAUGAAUGGGUCUCAAAGCUGCAGCAAAACUCAGGUUUCCCCAAAGUGGAUUACUUCCAGGCAGCAGCACAGCAUGUCAAGAGCACUGGUGGUACUGGCAGUUUCAGCAAGGUCUCCAGCCCUGGGACCUCCCACCUCCAGGGACAUCAUCAGGUCACGACCACCAAGAGCCAGGAGAUUGUGGUGUUACCCUGCGCAAGCCCACUAUUGCAGCAGCCUCUGGGCAGCCAGGAUGGCCCAGUCGAUGGGACUGUGACAGCAGCAGAGAAUACUCAGGGGACUGGGCACAAGGAGCAGCAGUGGUCAUCCAGGGCAUCCCCCGGGCUGUGGGACAACAUCUGCCUAGAGGAUGACUAUGGGCUGGUGGCCAACAAAAGGAGGUCCUACUCCUUCACCUCAGCCACCUACCAGAAGAUCACCCCGCUGGCGGUGCCCAAGGAGCCGGUGGAGGCCGGGAGCAGUUACUCCGUCACAUUGUACAUAGGGGAGCAGGUGUCGGCCAUGCCCCGGGCACGCUGUCACUCCUUCGUGGCCCAAACAGGGAGCCCCCGGGACACACGAGGGGAGAAGACCACUAGCCCCCCUCGCACCAAGAACAAAUCUGUCUUCAAGAAGUUCUUUGGGAAAAAAGAGUGAGCCCCAGACAAAUGGAGAAAAUGCCCCAAUCUGCCUCUUGGGCCAUUCUGGCUUGAUCUCUACUCCCAGCACCAGUUCAUGGCUUACUGCCUCCCCAGGGGCAAGAGGCUGUAUCAAGUGGCUCUGUAUCAGCCAGCCCCAGGUCUGCCCUGUGCCCCAGGCACUGCAGCCCCCAGCCUCAGCCUGGUGCUGAGCACCCCUCCUGCCCAGUGCUCUCCCUGGGUGCUGCUGGCUCCCCAGGCAUCCUAAUGACACACAGCACAAGCAGAGGGCAUGGAUGAUGGUUUUUAUUAAAAGAUAAAUAGACA